ACAAACAACCAACACCUUCGAACGCAUAUCUCAAACUCAUACAUUACUCAUGGCAACUAUCAAAUCCAUCAAGGCUCGUCAGAUCUUCGAUAGCCGUGGUAAUCCAACGGUUGAGGUUGAUGUUUAUCUGUCAAAUGGCCUCUGGGAGAGAGCUGCAGUUCCUAGCGGCGCAUCUACAGGAAUAUAUGAAGCCCUUGAAUUGAGAGAUGGAGGGUCUGAGUACCUUGGGAAAGGUGUUUCAAAGGCUGUAAACAAUGUCAACUCAAUCAUUGGCCCUGCUCUUAUUGGCAAGGACCCGACCGAUCAGACUGGUCUCGAUAACUACAUGGUUCAUCAACUAGAUGGAACUCAAAAUGAGUGGGGUUGGUGCAAGCAAAAGCUUGGUGCAAAUGCCAUCCUUGCUGUGUCACUUGCAGUCUGUAAAGCUGGUGCUGCUGUCAAGAAGAUUCCACUUUAUAAGCAUAUUGCCAAUUUGGCAGGUAACAAAAAGUUGGUUUUGCCUGUUCCUGCUUUCAACGUCAUCAAUGGUGGGUCCCAUGCUGGAAACAAACUUGCAAUGCAGGAAUUUAUGAUUCUUCCUGUUGGAGCUUCUAGUUUUAAGGAGGCCAUGAAGAUGGGCUGUGAAGUGUAUCACCAUUUGAAGGCUGUGAUUAAGAAGAAAUAUGGCCAGGAUGCAACAAAUGUUGGUGAUGAGGGUGGUUUCGCUCCUAAUAUCCAGGAGAACAAGGAGGGUCUUGAAUUGCUCAAGACUGCCAUCGAAAAAGCAGGUUAUACUGGAAAAGUUGUCAUCGGAAUGGAUGUUGCAGCAUCUGAAUUCUAUGGAAAGGACAAAACUUAUGAUUUGAACUUCAAAGAAGAGAACAACAAUGGUUCCCAAAAGAUCUCAGGUGACCAGCUCAAAGAUUUGUACAAGUCAUUUGUGUCUGAGUACCCUAUUGUUUCGAUAGAAGAUCCAUUUGACCAAGAUGACUGGGAGACCUAUGCUAAGCUCACUGCUGAAAUUGGGCAGAAAGUACAAAUUGUAGGAGAUGACCUUCUCGUCACCAAUCCUAAGAGAGUGGCCAAGGCAAUCAGUGAAAAGACUUGCAAUGCCCUUCUUCUUAAGGUUAACCAAAUUGGCAGCGUGACUGAGAGUAUCGAAGCUGUGAAAAUGUCUAAGCAAGCUGGUUGGGGUGUAAUGACUAGCCACCGCAGUGGAGAGACGGAGGAUACCUUCAUUGCUGAUCUUGCUGUUGGUUUGUCAACGGGACAAAUCAAGACCGGAGCUCCCUGCAGAUCAGAACGUCUUGCAAAGUACAACCAGCUCUUGAGAAUUGAAGAGGAACUUGGUUCAGAUGCUGUAUAUGCCGGAGCAAGCUUCCGCGCCCCUGUUGAACCGUACUAACUUGCACUCUCUUGGACUGACCAAAUUCCCAGUGUGGAAAUGGUCAUUCUAGGACUUGCGAUCGAUUUUCGCGUUGAAACUUUUAACAGUUAUUGUUCUGAUGUUUUGAGCUUUGACAAUUCUGAACUGAGAAAUAAUUCUCGUAGGCAGAGCGGAUCUUAUUUUUAAGUUCUGACUGCUGGUUUUGUAACCGGGACUGCCGUUAGUAGUAGUACUUCAAGAUUUUGACUUUUUUGGUUUUGCAUGUCAUCAAAGAUUUUUCCUUGCUAUAUUGUAGCACAUUGUGGAA